AUGCCUCCUACGCCCGUCCUGAACAAAGUGGACGAGGGCCACGAGUUCAACGAGUUGGGCAAUGACAAGCUUCGUGGUGGUGCCGGUGAGAAGACGGAAAAUAGCCCCCGCCGCGGCGACGAGUGUUGCGGCGUCGCCAACGGUGCGAUCCGCAUCGUGGACGGCGUCGAGGCCAAGGAACACAAGUUCCCGUGGCAGGCGGGCCUGGUCACCACAGGCGACAGCAUGAUCUGGUGCGGCGGCACCGUCAUCAACAGCCGGCGCGCCGCCGGGCGCACGCUCCUGAACGCCGCGCGCCGUCGGGCGUACCGCGAGCUCACGAACAGCGUGAUCUGCGUGGGCGUCGACGGCGGCGGCAAGGACGCUUGCCAGAAAGACAGCGGAGGCCCGCUGGUGACGCCGGUCGGCGGCCGAUACACACUGACCGGCUUGGUCUCCUGGGGCCGCGGCUGCGCCCAGCCCGGAUACCCGGGCGUCUACGCCCGGGUCACGUCCGCUCUAAGCUGGACGCAGCAGAACAAGGCCGACGCCGACUUCUGCUGA